CAAUUUCAAGGGUCAUAUUGACUUUACAACACACAAGAGCAGUCAAUGCACUGCACGUUGCUUUUUCGAGAUGGAACCAACAUUUCGUAGGACGAUGUAUACCAUGCGUAUCGCGUACAUAUAACUAAUACAACUUAAACUAAAUAUAUUCUGUAGCUUUAAGACAAUCUAAUAGAACGUGAAACUAAAAAUGCUCUAAGACGAACAUGGAUAGGGUUAAAAAGAGGAAGUGAGCACACAGCGGAGUUUCGUUUCCCUAAUGAAAGUUUUAAUUUGUGAUCUGUUCUUUAACACGAGAAAGGAGAAGCGCAAGUACAGUAGUACGAGACGGGGACACCAAGAAAGAAUACGCAGUUUUAUUCGUGCACAUGACAAUACAAUAGCCCUGAAGGGCGACAGAACAACGCCGAUCCUGACAUAAUAAUGAUGGCGGAGGCCGACGCGGAAGAGAACGUGUACCGCGAGGCUGUGGUGGAGUCGCCUGUUGCGCCCCCUAAUGGCGACAUUAACAUUGACGACCUGUUACCCGACGGUCCUCAGGGGAAUAUUCAAGGACAGAUGGAGGAGUUCCUGGGCCCCCAGCCAGAGUACGAUGAGGAAGAGGAGGAGAAGAAGUAUUACAGGAGGAAGAAGCUGGGCGUGGUGAAGAACGUCCUGGGGGCCAGCGUCGGGGGCAUGAUCAUAUACAGUGUCUACAUGGGCCUGUUGCAGAUGCAGCUGAUCCUCCACUAUGAUGAGACGUACAGGGAGGUGAAGUAUGGUAACCUGGGUCUGGAGGACAUCGACAAGAAGAUGCUGAUGGGGAUCAACGUUACACCCAUCAUAGCCCUGUUAUACACCCCCAUACUCAUCAGGUUUCUGGGCACCAAAUGGAUGAUGUUUCUGGCAAGUGGAAUUUACGCUCUCUUCGUCUCAACCAAUUACUGGGAGCGAUACUACACCCUGGUACCAUCGGCUGUGGCCAUUGGUGCAGCCAUUGUCCCGCUGUGGGCGUCGUUAGGGAACUACAUCACAAGGAUGGCACAACAGUACUAUGAGUAUGUGAACUAUAAGGAGGAUCACGUUCAGGAACAGAAGAAACUACCCAAGGGGGCGUGUCAUCGCUAUGUCAUCAUCUUCCAAUCCGUGUUCUUCAUCAUCUUCCAUCUCAGCCUGGUGUUUGCAGAGUUCCCCCAGCGCCUCUUCCUCCACCAGUUCCUUAGUGACUACAACCACACACUGUACAACGUUAAACACUGUGGUGCGGAGGGCAGUGGUAUGAUCGAGGGUUUCAACAGGACCGUCCUGAAGCACCUCCCUCGCUCCCUGCUGCUCAUCCAGGUGGAGAGUGUUCUCAUGGGGGCCGCCUUCCUCUCCAUGAUCAUCUUCCUGGCGGUGUGCGGGGCUGCGUACCGCCCUACAGAGGAGAUCGAUCUGAGGAGUAUCGGCUGGGGGAACAUCUUCCAGUUGCCCUUCAAACACCUGAGAGACUACAGGCUGAGACUCCUCAUCCCCUUCUUCAUCUACAGUGGACUGGACUCACUCUUCUCUGUCACGGGACUCACUCUGUCGUAUGGUGUGUGUACGGUGGGUCUGGAGUGGCUGUAUCUCCUGGUGAUGGUCUAUGGUCUGUCCUGCUCCCUGUUCUCCUGCCUGUCCCUGUCCCUCCUCAGGCUGCCACGCUAUGUCUCUCUGCUAGGGGGCGCUGUGAUCCACGGUCCUCUGCUGGUGUUCCUGCUGUUCUGGUCCCCAGCUCCACGCUCACCUGAUCAACUGCCUUACCUGCUGGUGGUGAUCGCCCUCUGGGGAAUGGGGUCUGCAUUGAAUAAGACUGGACUCAGCAUUCUCCUGGGUAUGUUGUAUGAAGAUAAAGAGAGACUGGACUUUGUCUACACCAUCUACCACUGGUGGCAAGCUAUCGCCAUCUUCAUAGUCUACCUGUGGACUGGACUCAUCAUGAGGGCCAAACUCUCCAUUCUAUUGGUCAUCUUGCUGCUGGCGUGCUUCUGCUAUUGGACGAUGGAGCGACGCCUGGCCAAGAACAUGCAUUUCAGACUGCCUCGCAUUCCCCGCCCCAAACACAAGGUCAAAGGUUAUCGUUACCUGGAGGAGGAAAACUCAGAUGAGUCGAACUCGGAGGAGAGUGAUGAGGAUGAUGAUGAAGAGCAGCAGGAGGAGAUGAUCAGGGAGGACUUUGGUGGAGACGCAGGGUCGCAGGGCUCUGAUUCGACCAGGGAGAGGAGAGGAGGGGCUAGGGGACGCCGCAGGAGGAGAGACGAUGAUUAUGAGCAAGCAGGGGAAAGGGAGGAGAGAGAGGGAUAGAGAAAGAGUGAAAGAGCGAAAAAUAGUUGGAGAGAGCGAGACCUUUAGCUAUCCUCUAGGUAUCCUCUAAGUAUCCUCUUGGUGUCCUCUAGCUAUCCUCUUGGUGUCCUCUAGAUACCCUCUUGGUGUCCUCUAGCUAUCCUCUAGGUAUCCUCUAGCUAUCCUCUAGCUAUCCUCUUGGUGUCCUCUAGCUAUCCUCUAGGUAUCCUCUAGCUAUCCUCUUGGUGUCCUCUAGCUAUCCUCUAGGUAUCCUCUAAGUAUCCUCUAGGUGUCCUCUAGCUAUCCUCUAGGUGUCCUCUAGCUAUCCUCUAGCUGUCCUCUAGCUGUCCUGUAGCUAUUCUCUAGCUAUCCUCUAGCUAUUCUCUAGCUGUCCUCUAGCUGUCCUCUAGCUGUCCUCUAGGUAUCCUCUAGCUGUCCUCUAGGUAUCCUCUAGCUGUCCUCUAGGUAUCCUCUAGCUGUCCUCUAGGUAUCCUCUAGCUGUCCUCGAAGGUAUCCUCUAGGUAUUAUCUAGCUGUCCUCUAGGUAUCCUCUAGCUGUCCUCUAGGUAUCCUCUAGCUGUCCCCUAGGUAUCCUCUAGGUAUCCUCUAGGUUUCCUCUAGGUGUCCUCUAGGUAUCCUCUAGCUGUCCUCUAGCUAUCCUCUAGCUGUCCUCUAGCUGUCCUCUAGCUAUCCUCUAGCUGUCCUCUAGGUAUCCUCUAGGUAUCCUCUAGCUGUCCUCUAGCUAUCCUCUAGCUGUCCUCUAGCUGUCCUCUAUCUGUCCUCUAGGUAUCCUCUCGCUAUCCUCUAGGUGUCCUCUAUGUAUCCUCUAGGUAUCCUCUAGGUAUCCUCUAGGUAUCCUCUAGCUGUCCUCUAGCUAUCCUCUAGGUAUCCUCUAGGUAUCCUCUAGGUAUCCUCUAGCUAUCCUCUAGCUGUCCUCUAGGUAUCCUCUAGCUGUCCUCUAGGUAUCCUCUAGGUAUCCUCUAGGUACUUUCCCCAGUCCAGCUCUCUUACAUCAGUGCAGAUUAAGGAAAGGAGUUUAAUCAGAAGAGGAGACAAAACGGAUGUGUCUCAAAUGUAAGGAGGAUAAAACAGAGCGGUGCAGGAGGAUAAAACUGAGCGGUACAGGAGGAUAAAACAGAGCGGUGCAGGAGGAUAAAACCAGAGCGGUGCAGGAGGAUAAAACUGAGCGGUACAGGAGGAUAAAACAGAGCGGUGCAGGAGGAUAAAACAGAGCGGUACAGGAGGAUAAAACUGAGCGGUACAGGAGAAUAAAACAGAGUGGUGCAGGAGGAUAAAUCCAGAGCGUUACAGGAGGAUAAAACUGAGCGUUACAGGAGGAUAAAACUGAGCGGUACAGGAGAAUAAAACAGAGCGGUACAGGAGGAUAAAACAGAGCGGUGCAGGAGGAUAAAACCAGAGCGUUACAGGAGGAUAAAACUGAGCGGUACAGGAGAAUGAAACAGAGCGGUACAGGAGAAUAAAACAGAGCGGUACAGGAGGAUAAAACCAGAGCGGUACAGGAGGAUAAAACCAGAGCGGUACAGGAGAAUAAAACCAGAGCGGUACAGGAGGAUAAAACCAGAGCGGUACAGGAGGAUAAAACCAGAGCGGUACAGGAGGAUAAAACCAGAGCGGUACAGGAGGAUAAAACCAAAGCGGUACAGGAGGAUAAAACAGA